AUGAUUACUGCUAAUGUGCCGUCGGCCAAGAAAAUCAUCGUUCACGGUCCGGAUUCAGGAUUGGGAGGAAUUCCAAGCCAGUUUCCUGUUCAUGAGGAUACGCAAUUUCAGCAAAUUCUAAGUGAUAGCAUUGAAUUCUUCAACAUCGACGAGGACGAGGUCCACUCCUACUUUCUCACGGAUGCUAAAACUGGUCUUCUACAUUUGCCUUCUUGUUUUGUUAGGGAUUUUUACUUUUUUCAUCGCUCCUUCUAUCCACAGCUGACGUUAGUGAAAAUGGAUUUGAACGAAGCUCAGCUGAAAAUGCGUCAAACGGCGUUCGCUCAGCGGUUCAUUGAAGUCGGAAAAGUUCUGCUCACCCAUAAUAUACUCAAAUACAGUCCUCAGCAUGUGAUUGCUCAACGGGUUUUCUUUCUGCACGAUGAACUGACACAUUUGCCUUCGUUUCCUCGGAAAAGCCUCGAGACUUGUUUCGGAAUGUUUCACGGCGAAAUGGGUGAACAGCUGAAAGCUAUGGAGGCGUUGCACAAGUUCACUUGGGCCAAGCUCAUGUCCGAUAUGUUCGAAAAGAUGGAAAACGCCUUCAUGUUCGCUGACUUGCACCUUUUCAUCAACGUGCUCAUGUCCGAUAUGUUCGAAAAGAUGGAAAACGCCUUCAUGUUCGCUGACUUGCACCUUUUCAUCAACGUGGUGAACGGUAUAAUGAUUAUGCACUGCGAGGAUCUUCUGAUUCUGCGACGAUGCGCAGCCACGUACAUCGCUAUGAGCAUCCACUUUAAUAGCUUGUUUGCUAGUCAGGGUUUCUUUCUGAUCAUGCCCACCCUUCUUCGGUGCUAUAGCCAGCGACAGACGAAUCGUGUUUUUUGCUCGGUGGUGGAAUUUCUCUGUCGUCAGUUUUACACGCUACAUCGGAAGCCCUUUCUGCUGCAGAUGUGCGGCUCCAUUGCCAACAUCAUUGACAACAAUAACAACGACUUUGAGAUCAAUCCGAUGCGAGUGAAAGCCAAGGCCUUGGAUCUCUGCUACCGAGAUGACCCGAAUACGUUUUGUCUUCUGACCGAUGCUAUAGCGAGUUGUAUUUGCGUGUGCGCAUUUGCUCCGGAGAGUAAGCGAAGUCAUCACAUGCUGCUCGUCAUGGCCGCCCUUCAACCCCACCUUAUUCGUCGGAUCGAGGAGGAGACAAUGCUUCAGAAUAACUGCCCCGCUGCUGUGAAGCAUGAGGUCUCCCAAUGGACAACGAUGUGUGUGGAGAUGAAAGCUCUUAUAAACAGUUGUGAUAUCCUUGCCAGAGGACCACAACGUGCAUUCGACUUAGUGAACACGGUAUCCGAGCGAGGCAAAUCGUUCGCCGCAGACUCGCCGCAGUUUUUUGAUCCACCUACCACUAACGAAGAUGAAAAUAGUCGUCCUUAUCAUCCGUACGUCUUCGCUAAAAGGAAAAGAAAUCAGGUGGCUGUUGGCUGGGAAGCGGCCGAUGUGGAAGAGUCACAUAAGGAGAGCUACCGACGUUCACGCGAUACGCUUCUAUGCUUGGCGGCUCAGUUUAUCGAGAUGGCCACUCCCAGGCUGAAGGAACUGGCGAAGCUCAGUUCAACUAGUGAGCACACAAAGAUUCCUGAAGUGAUGGACCAUAAGUGUCAUGUGAAAUUGAGUGAAAUUGCGUUGGCACUGCUGAAGAUCGCCUCCUACGAUUUGACAACGAUGUCGUGCCUCGGUUUUUGCAGAAGAUACUUCACGACUAUCAUGCCUGUGACCGACUGGUCGAUCGAGUCAAAUCGUUCUGCGUUGGGUAUCAUUCUGAAGCGUCUCGACAAAACAAUAGCCAAGAUCGCCAAGAAACAAAGCAUUCGCCGUCGAGUGAAUUGGGCAGCACUGGCCAGUUGGAUAAAAGGGAUCUGUGAUACCUUGUCUGUCUUUCCCUACAUGGCACAUCUCAAUCCAUUGAAGUCUACCACUCAACUCUGCCUGCGAAUCAUUGCUGGUGAUACUUUUCAUGAAGAAGGUGCACCGGCCACCCAUACUACGACGGUGUUGCACUCGUCACCGCCACCACCAGUAUUUUGCAGUGCUGUCCUAAGGAUGACAACCAUUCUUAUGCAAGCCUUUAGGGCAGUAAGAAGCACUAACGUAUUUCAGGCGUCCUUCUCAUUGGAAAUGGUUUCUGGCGUAGAGGGCUUGGGAGCUGCAUCUGAUCGAAUCGAAGCGGUACUCUGCCAUCUGCUCAUCCCGCUUUUUCUGCGCACCGCAACGAAUCCUAAAGGUACGUUCUCUUCACAAGCAUUUACAAGCCCGAGUUCGAAUGUGUCAGGAGAAGAAUUUUUGACAUCUAGUUGUAUUCACCAGUUUCAGAGCUAG